GCUGAGGGAGAAGCGUGAUGUCUUGACUCCACUUUUCCUGCGCCUUCUGUCAUUUCACAGAGCGAUGAAGUUGUGAGGAUCUGAAUUUGUUUGGGCUUGCUGUUGUCAUUUUAUUUAAUUUUAUUUUUUUACUGAAAAUGUAUUAUUUCAUAAAUUCAAUACCUUUAUGCGAAAAGGUAUAAUCAGCAUCUUCAAAUAAAGAAGAGGAUGUGAAUUGUAUUUUUCACAAUGGAUGGAUUUUGUAAAACAUCUCUGGAUCUUCAGAGCCCAAAGAGAAAGCACUAUUUAUGGAAAACCAAAAUACACGUCUUCAUUCAGAAUCCUGCACCGUGGGCUAAAAUCAACAGCGCAAGUGAAAAAAGGCCAGUGGCAGAAUCUCUUGAAGUACUUCUUUCCCAUAAAGGUGGACAAUCAGCCUUUCGGGACUUUCUAAAGUCCGAAUUCUGUGAGGAAAACUUGGACUUCUGGCUGGCCUGUCAAGAGUUCAAAACCGUGGACAGAAAGGAUGAGCGGAAACAGAGAGCGUUGCACAUCUAUGAAGAAUUCAUCGGUACCGAAUCUCCUUCACAGGUAAAUCUGGAUUUUUACACAAAAAAUGUCAUCAGACAAAAUCUGGAUCAGCCGGCUCCGUCCUGCUUUGUUGUGGCGCAAAAGAAAAUCUUCAGUCUGAUGGAGAACGGCUCCUUCCCUCGCUUCAUUCAGUCGAAACACUUUCAAGACGUCUUGAAAUGCACUUCCAAGCGAGCCGGCGCCAGAAGGCUUUGAGCACCGAGAGCUCUCGAAGCGUCCGCGCUAAUCAGACGGAUGCAAAGUUGUCAACGGACUCGAAGGACUGCCACUCGGCGUGUUUCUACGCAACGACGCAGAGAGCUCGUUGCGGUGGACAUAUCGCGCCGCUUACUUUGUAUAAAUUGAUCCUGUGGGGACGUAUCAAACACAGUGCGCCAUCCAUUCAUCCGUUUUUUGUCACGCUUAUCCUCACUGGGGUGUGCUGAUACGGAUCCCAGCUGACUUCGGGUGAGAGGUUGUGCAAGCAAACAACCAUGCACACCGCACCGUAAGGGCAAAUUAGAAUCUUCAACCAACCUAACGACACGCUUGUUUUGGGAAAACCAAGGUAAACCGGAAAAUACCGGCACAAGCAAAGGAAGAACAGGAAAACGCCAUACGGGAAGGCCGCAGCCUGCAUUUUUUCCAACUUUUAACCUGGUGUGCCUCUAUGUGUGGGAUGCAACGCUUGAAUGAAUGUCGUAUUCGUGAUUUUCAAAGGUAAACACGAGCAUCUUUUUGCAGCAAGCUGUAAAGUGUUGCAUUCCUACCUUGUUGAUCAUUGUUGUGAGAGCAUUAUCGGUGUCUUUUCAUGUAUUACUACCGGGCACAGUCCGCGUAUCCACAGAAAACCAUCGAGCGUAGCUGCAUUUCGAAAAGAUUGACCACCCCUGUCCAGAAGACGAUCGUGGGAGGAAGCCCAACUACCCUAAGAAAACCCAAACAUGCAAGGAGAGAAAAUCCAAACUGUACACAGUCCACAUAAAAUAUUCCAACCCGGAACUUUCUGGAUGUGAGGGGAUGAUAAACAUCCCCCAUCUAUAUAUAUAGAUAUAUAUAUCUAUACAUAUGUAUUUUACACCAUUUUUUAAA